GCUUCCAGUUCAUGAUCAAUGUAGGGAAUGCAACCCAACACCUCUCUGUUCACCGUUUACGGUGUCAGCUCCACCCUGUGGCUUUUGUUUAAACCAGAAACUGUUUCUCAUUGUGAGCUGUUGUCGAGGUCUGUUCCCCUGUCAAGAUGUGUGUAACCCGAGCCCUAACCAUAACCACCAGAGGGGCGUUACUAGAAACAGUUUUAACAGGGGGAAAGGCUUCUCGAUGGAGGCACAGAUCUUGACACAACUCCGGCCUGGCUGUGUGUGAGUGCUGAAGAAUAACAUUUACUGCAACUACGAGGCCUUGGACUGACACUGAUAUCAUCUAGGCGUGGCUUUCCCAGUUCUUCGAUCUGAUCCAGAAACUUCCAGCUGACAGAAGAGGUCAAGCCAGUUAUUUUCAGAAAGCAUAAAAGAGUCGGAGUGAAGCAACGCUGACAGAGCAGGACCUGAGACAUGGCAGAAGCAGCAGCUGUAGCAGGUGAGCUGACUGGAGACAAGCAGGUGCCUGGUGGUCACUCUGUUUGUGGCUCGUGCCUCGGGGACAAAGGAAAAGGAUGUCCUGAGUGUCUGCGCUGUCCUGACAAGCCUGAACCUGCUGAUGGGCUCAAACAGAAUGGAACAGUGACUGAAACUCCUGUGAGCCAAGAGGAGCAAAGUUUGGACUCCACCACAGCAGAGGAGGUCAGAACUGAAGAAGAUCUGACAGUGACUGAAGAGGGGACCGGGGAAGAACCACAGACCGAGGAUGAGGUGAAAAACGAAGCCUCAGAGGAGAUAGAAGAGGGCGUGAAGGCAGAGCCUGUGGGCCCAGACGAUGUGCUGUGUGACUCCUGCAUCGAGAGCCCCCGCAGGGCCCUCAAGUCCUGCCUCACCUGCCUGGUGUCGUACUGUGAGACCCACCUACGGCCUCACCUGGAAAACCCAAAGUUUCAGAACCACCGGCUGGUGGAGCCACUCAGGGACAUCGAGAGGAGGACCUGUGAGAGCCACAAGUGGCCUCUGGAGCUGUUCUGCUGCGAAGAUGCCUGCUGUGUCUGUCAGGACUGUUUGACAGAGGACCACAGGGGCCACAAUGCUGUACCCGUGCUGGAGGCUCGCACGAGCAUAGAGAAGGAACUGAGCAAGAAGCAGACUGAGAUGGCGAAGACGAUGACAGCCGCAGAGAACGCCAUCAGCAAACUGCAACUCAACACUGUCUCUAUUGAGCAAUCGGUGGCUGAAGUACAAGCAGUGAUCGAGAGCCAGUUUGAGGAGCUGCAGGCGAUGGUGGAGAAAGCCAAGAAGGAGGUGACGGAGAUCUUAGAGGGCGAGCAGAAGCAGGCACUGAAGCAGGCCGAGGGCAUCCGGGUUCACCUGGAGCAGAGGUGCACAGAGCUGAAGAAGGCUCAGACGCAGGUGGAGAAGCUCUCCAAGAACAAAAAUGAUGUGGAUUUCUUACAGGAGUAUUCAGUGUGGAAGAAAGAAGCCAGUGAUAUCUCCCUGCCGGGGGUCUACAUCGGCCUGAUGGACCGUCUGAAGUCCUUCAGCCGUGUGAUUGUUGACUCCACACAGGAGCUCUGUGCCAUGCUUUUGUCCUCGUACAUAGAGAAAGUAAAGGAGACAUGUAAAAAUGACAAAAUGGGAAUAAAAACAACAGUUCAUACAAUUGCUGGAGCAAAGCACAACUUGUCACUACCUGAUCCAGUGACACACGCUGACUUCCUCAAAUAUGCUGCCAACUUGAGUUUCGACGCUGACACAGCUCACACGUUCCUGCGCCUGACAGAAGAAAACAGGAAGGUGACUAACACCACGCCCUGGCAGCAUCCUUACCCUGAUUUACCUCAGCGGUUUGAGAACUGGCGCCAGGUUCUGGCCACGGAGAGCUUCUAUCUGGGCCGGCACUACUUUGAGGCAGACAUCAGUGGUGAGGGUAUACACAUCGGCGUGACCUACAAGAGCAUCGACCGCAAGGGCAAUGAAAGCAACAGCUGCAUCACAGGAAACAGCUUCUCCUGGUGUCUUCAGUGGGACGGACGCACCUUCUCCGCCUGGCACAGCGACGUGGAAACCCCCCUCGGUGUGGAGAAGUUCACUCGUCUUGGGGUGUAUGUGGACUACACACGCGGCCUCCUGGCUUUCUACGGUGUGGAUGACACCAUGACGCUCAUCCACGAGUAUAAGGCAGAGUUCCUGGAGCCUCUUUAUCCAGCAUUCUGGUUGUCCAAGAAGGAGAAUGUGGUCACCUUAGUGGGACCUGGGGAGUCAUUACAACCCAAAAGCUCCUCUCGCCCCAACUCACCUGCAGAUGAAGCUGUCGUCUCAGGAACAGCAGCAUAGCAACGAGCAGAAGUCACAUUUUCCUGAAUUAUUCAAGUGGCAUUUCAACAAAAUGAGAGAACUGUUGUACAAGUUGUUUCUCUCCCAGUAAUAGAAUUCUGCUGGGAAAUAUAAAGGAAAGAAUCCAAAUAUGAAAAGUAUUCCACAUUAACACUUGUGAUAAACUGUGCCUCUUUGUAUCUCAUGUUUCUUUAGGCUCAAGUCAUAUUUAUACUCUUGUGUACUUUUUGACUACCGUUAGUGUACUUUUCAAAUGAAUUAAAAAAUGUCCUAUUUUGCAUCUUUAUUUGUUAUGAUCAGAGUCUGGGUUUCCUCACUCUAUCAAAUCAACUGACUCACAGAACUUUUAGCAUUAUCCUGUGGAUAAAUGGGGAAUCUGCCACUCAGACCACAACAGAUGACUGGAUCAACUGGGAAGUGACUUUGGCUGAUGCACAACAUUAACAGCAUCAGAAAUACUGUAACCAAUAAAAUGUGUCUGAGGCAAAAAGGCAAAAGGUGGUCACACCAGAUACCGACUUGAUUUAGCUUUUUCUGUUUACUGCAAGCUAAUUUAAAAAACUAUUAAUGGCAGUAUUUUUGAAAGCAUCUUCACAUUAAGUACAUUAAUGUUUGUACAAUACUGUUCAGCAGUUACUGCAUAGGCUCAAGGUUCGAGGUAGAU